UGUGUGUUGUACUAGUACUGUAGCAUUGCAUCCAAAUGCCAUCCUCAGUGGCACUUCGGUUCAAUGCUGUAGCGCUUCUUCUUGCGCUGCUAAAUACAGCAUCCAUCGUUGUGAAUGCUCUGUCUUCGCCCAAGGCAAUUCGGCGGCAACCCAUUGGCCGUAUCACGUCCCUGGAUCGAUCCAAACUAGAUUCCACCACGGACACCAAGUUUUAUCGAAAUCCCAACCUGGUGACGCACACGGACGAUACCUUUAUCCAACGACUAGAAGAUGUCUACCGAGAACAUCUUCCCUCUGAAAAUGGCGUGAUUUUGGAUAUCAUGUCCUCUCAUGUAUCACAUCUGCCCUCGGAUGUGCCCUUGCAACGAGUGGACGUGCACGGGAUGAAUGCGCAAGAAUUGGAGCGGAACCCAGCUCGAAACGCUACGGGAGGCAACCUCUAUGUACGAGAUCUCAACGACAAUCCCAGUUUUGUCGGGCUCAUCGAUGACAACCAAGAAUACGAUGCGGUUCUCUGCUGCGUCGGUGUGCAAUACUUGGAAGAACCGGAAGCCGUCUUUGCCGAAGUGGGCCGUAUCCUCAAACCCGACACGGGCGUACUGAUUGUCAGUUUUACCAAUCGUUUCUUUUACCAAAAGGCACUACAGGGGUGGAUUGAUCGAGGCAUGCAGGAACGGGCGCGUCUGGUACAAGACUAUUCGAGAGCGGCCGGUGGAUUUGAUUCAGUUCAGGUCGUGGGCGAUGGUACCAGUGUGUGGAACCAACUGGCGAGUCUUGGUGGAUUUGUGGGAGAUCCUUUUGUGGCCGUUGUGGCAAAACGGAACAACGAGCCUUAGGUAUCAAGAACUAGCUAUCGAGAGAUGACAUAUCAAUGCAUGGUUCGAUCCAUCGAGCCUUCACGACUUCCGAGUGAGUCUGCCUCCCACGAAUUGUUAGAGAAGCUGUGGAUGUUGCAAAAAGAGCCCCCCGGCAAACGUCGGCUAAAAGUGGCCUGCCUGAUGUGGCUCUUGAGGUGCCAUACCGGUAGUCACCUCUACUAGAAUGCGACAGAAAGCUGCAUUGAAGUUACAUGUUAGAACCUAGCUAGCCAGAGACAGCCCGACUGCAAGCUGAACCGUCUUCCAAGAUGGCCUAUUACUUUUUGCUCUUGCCCGUGCUGCUACUGCUGCCAUAAGAGAAAUCACCCAAGGCUCCUUUCAGAUCAUCUGCUUGAACAGUGGGACUACUGGGCUUAUUGCUACUACUGGAGGAUGCACUGGCUGCAUUCUUCCUUUCUUGCGCCGCUUUCUUUCGAGCCUUGGCGCCAGGUUCGGACUCUCCGUAUGCGUUUGCCGGCUGGGAAACUGCCACUGAAGAAGCUGUUACCAGUAGUCCGGCCUGCUGUAAGACAAAGGCGCGGCGGCUGCUGCUUUCUUGUGGCGUUGUAGUAAUAGGAAGAGACCAGCCAUGGCCAAAUGACAGGAUGCCAAAAGCAACGGCAAGGGAAAGCAAUAGAUGACACAACUGACUCCUCAUGGUGCUGUGUUUGAUGUCCCUUUACGGUAUCGAUAGAGUAGCCAAGCGACAGUCUGCCAUGGUGGCUCUUGAAAAAGUUUGGGUGAAGUGCCAUCACUGAGUCGAGUCGAGUCCACUGACGUCAUUGCCGUAUCUUUUGCAAAGAUCUUCUAUCCAAAGCACCCACCGGUACAGCACUCUCUCACA